AUGAGAUUGGCUAAUUUCGACUUGCUCUCUGCUUUACCAGAGGAACUAAGCAUACAAGUACUAAGUUUCUUACCGGUGGACGCUUUAUGCAAAUGCCAAUUGGUCUGCAAAAGAUGGAGAAGCCUCGCAACUGACUCACAGAUAUGGAAAAGAAAGUAUCUCGAAUUCAUAUCAGAGACUUCAUCAGAACCACCACUAUAUCCACUGGAACACCCAUUAAGACAACAAUCGUAUCCAUAUACAAACUCAUUUCCGUACGCGUCUUCCUUGGCUUAUCCAUCGACACCAUUCUUGAACCUAUCAUCGGCCCUGCCUUCACACAGAUGUUCAUCCUUAUCACCAUCCUCAUGUGCACAUCUCAUGACGUCUCAACAACCUCUUCGUUCCUCUCCAACUACCCGUCUCUCGUCUCCCCCUCCUUGGCGGUCCUUCUAUCGUUCCUUAUAUAUCCGCGAGCAAAAUUGGUCGGCCGGAUCUGUACAGUCGAUUCGUUAUUUCCGUGGACAUUCAUCCCAAAUCUUUUUCGUGACCAUCAAGGAUGGGAUGGCGGUGACUUUGGCCGUGGAUGGAAGUCUACGGUACUGGGAUGUGGAAAAAGGAAUCUGUUUGAGUAAUGUGCAAUUAUCGCAUACUGCCGAAGAGGUCGCGUUCUUGCCGAGAGAAUGGGUCGUGGCUGUUGCGUUCCGAACAGAAUUCAUACAUAUCUAUAACCUACAAACACAUUCUCCACACUUGACACUAACCUCUCCAUCGCGCUCGUCACUUUCCUGUGUCAACAUCGACGGAAAAUACGUAGUUGCUGGAUCGGAUGAUGGGGUAGUCAACGUUUGGAAUUGGAGGGACGGAAGUGUUGUGGGUUGUUAUAAUACUGGAAAAGAGAUUCUCUACGCUCAAAUCCGGAAUAGCAAAAUUGUAUCUCUUCACUCUGACGGCACAUAUACAGUUUACUCCUUAUUACUUCCAACCUCACCCCUUCUGUCGAUUUCCUAUCUUUUGCUCCUACCAAACCAUGCAGUCGUCUCUGCAACUAUCAAUUCUCAUUUUCUUUUGUGUGCAACGCGCGACUUGAUCUAUUUGUUUUCCUGGCCCAUAGAUGGGACAACGAGAGAACCGGAUUUCACCAAACCACCAGUGAAAAAAUGGGAAAUGGACGCCCCUGGAAUUGUUCCGUGGUGCGGAUGUUUGGCUGGUCGAGGUCGUUGUGUUAUUAGUAAUUGUAGUUCUGCCGGGCCCAUUUGUGUAGUUAAACCAGAAGGAAUGGUAAGGUUCUUGACUGGACCGGAGGGGAAGAAGAGGGGUUGUGUUGGGGAGGAUGCAAACGAGGAGGGAAGCGGAAUAGAGGUAAAUUCCGGACCUUGGACUUUAACAACAACAAACGAAGUUCGAUCGACUGCGGAUAGUCCUUUCUUAUCAACAACCCUCUUCUCGAACCGUGAGAAUGUGUCAGAAACUCGAUCUGCGUCAACGAACUAUCAAGACAGGGCUUCAAAUAUUUCUCUUCCAUCAGCAGGUGUCGACUCGGAUCAACGGAAUAUAGGCAAUGCAGUGGAUAAUCCUGCUUCCACCCAGACCAACCCAUCACAUUUUGCUAACGGGACUUCUUACGGGCCACUUGGAUGGAAGUUACUCAAUCUUGAGGAGCAACCAACUUUUAUGGAUGUGGAUGAUCGGUAUUUAGUUAUUGGUACUCGGCAGGGAUCGCUUAUUCGGUGUGGGUUUGAUUAA